AUGGGGGCGGCGGAGCCGCUGCGCUCCGAGCUGUGGGUGAAGCGGCGGCGCUGCGCCGUGAGCCUCGACCCCGCGCGGGCGCUGCUGCGCUGGUGGCCGAGCCCGGGGCCCGGAGCCGGGGCGCCCGGCGCGGAUGCCUGCUCGGUGCCUAUCUCAGAGAUUAUCACCGUGGAAGAGACGGACACUCGUGGGAAGCACUACGGUAGCGGGAAAUGGCAAAAGAUGGAGAAGCCCUUCGCUUUCACAGUGCACUGUGUGAAGAGAGCCCGACGCCACCGCUGGAAGUGGGCGCAGGUGACCUUCUGCUGUGCUGAGGAGCCGCUGUGUCACCUGUGGCUGCAGACCCUGCAGGAGCUGCUGGACAAGCUUACAUCGAGACCAAAGCAUCUACUGGUGUUUAUUAACCCAUUUGGCGGGAAAGGACAAGGCAAGCGGAUAUAUGAGAGGAAAGUGGCCCCGUUGUUUACGCUAGCCUCCAUCACCACCGAAAUAAUCGUUACUGAACGUGCGAAUCAGGCCAAGGAGAGUCUGUAUGAGAUCAACAUAGACAAAUACGACGGAAUCAUCUGCGUCGGUGGAGACGGCAUGUUCAGCGAGAUCCUGCAUGGCCUGAUCGGCAGGACGCAGAGGAAUGCUGGCGUGGACCAGAACCAGCCCAGGGCAGCGCUGGUGCCCAGCCCGCUCAGGAUCGGCAUCAUCCCCGCAGGGUCAACAGACUGUGUGUGUUUUUCCACUGUUGGCACAAAUGAUGCGGAAACGUCGGCUUUGCACAUCAUCGUGGGGGACUCGCUGCCCAUGGACGUGUCCUCCGUUCAUCACAACAGCACGCUGCUGCGGUACUCCGUGUCCCUCCUGGGGUACGGCUUCUAUGGGGACAUCAUCAAGGACAGCGAGAAGAAGCGGUGGAUGGGGCUCAUCAGAUACGACUUCUCAGGUUUGAAGACCUUCCUCUCGCAUCACUGCUACGAAGGGACGGUGUCUUUCCUGCCAGCACGACACACAGUGGGGUCUCCCAGGGACAGGAAACCCUGCCGGGCGGGGUGCUUUGUGUGCCGGCAAAGCAAGCAGCAGCUGGAGGAGGAGCAGAAGAGGUCGCUGUACGGCUUAGAGAACACAGAGGAGGUGGAAGAGUGGAAGGUGGUCUGCGGGAAGUUCCUGGCCAUCAACGCCACCAACAUGUGCUGUGCUUGUCCGCGGAGCCCCUCGGGCCUCUCCCCCGCCGCCCACCUGGGGGACGGGUCUUCCGACCUCAUCCUUAUCCGGAAAUGCUCACGGUUCAACUUUCUGAGAUUCCUCGUCAGGCACACCAACCAGUAUGACCAGUUUGACUUUGCUUUUGUCGAAGUUUACCGAGUCAAGAAAUUCCAGUUUACGUCGAGCCACAUGGAGGAGGAGGACAGCGACCUCAAGGAGCGAGGGAAGAAGCGGUUCGGGCAGAUGUGCAGCGAGCACCCAUCCUGCUGCUGCUCCGUCUCCAACAGCUCAUGGAAUUGCGACGGGGAGAUCCUGAGUAGCUCCUCCAUCGAGGUCAGGGUCCACUGCCAGCUGGUUCGCCUCUUUGCUCGCGGAAUCGAGGAGAAUCCUAAGGAGGAAUUGGACAGCUGAGCCGCCAUCACGCAUCGCCUGCCUUGCUAUGCUUGGGAAGUGUGAACAUUAUUUAAGGAAAUUCCUGCAGACCGAUUACGUUGAUAUAUACAUUGAAAUUUAGAAAUUUAUUUUUGAUAGUUAGAUCUUGGUUUUAGAAAAAAUACCUUUGUCAGCAAUUUCGUGAACAUACCAGGCAUUUUCAGUUCUAUGUGAGCCUGUGGGGUGCGUUUCCCAUCACUUACUCUCAGCAAACAUCAGUUGUCAGUUUGGGGGCGCUGGCUUCUUAGGUUGUCACCAUGGCAGCAGCGCAGAUCUUUAAGGGGCCCAGCAGUGGCUCUGUCGCAGUAACCUUGGGGACGGUGGAUGUGAGGUCACACCAUCUGGACGUGAGGUCUCUCCCGGCUCGUUGAUCCGCUUUGCAAGACGUCCUGGAGUUGUUUUGGCAUCAGGGUUUGGAAAGUAGCACAUUGCCUUCGUUUCACCUUGUGCUUGGGACACUUGCUGGAGCCUGUGUUGGGGCAGUUCCAGCGCAGUGUCCCCUGUGUCAGAACCUGGGGCACAGACCGUUUGAGUGAGAAGGACGUGGACAGGACUGACACUCUUACCUUUAGGCUCCCAGCCCGGGCUCCCACUGUGGUCGUGCUCCUGGGACAAUCCAGCUGCAGCGAGAACAAUCAUGAGCGCUGGACACAGCAUCCGUUUAAAACUUACUUAUUCAUGAGAGAGAGAGAGAGAGAGGCAGACACACAGGCAGAGGGAGAAGCAGGCUCCCUGCAGGGAGCCCGAUGCGGGACUCGAUCUUGGGUCUCCAGGGUCAUGCCCUGGGCCGAAGGCAGGUGCUAAACCACUGAGCCACCCGGGGUGCCCUCCGUUUGAAACUUAGAAAAGCGAUGCUUUGUCGUGACACGGAGUGGGUAACCGGUGGGCUCUGGGGGGCAUGACAGGAGCUGGCGUGCAAGAAGUAUGAAUUCACCGUGUGGGUUCCGUGUUCACCUCAACCCGAUCGCCCUGGCCCUGCUGGGGGGUCCCCGAGUUCCCGGGCUGCUCCGGCGUGGGCCCCAGGUUCUACGUACGUGGUCCAGACCUGUGCUUCUCUUCACACUUAAUUCUAUGUAUCUGUUGAAAAUGUCCUUUUCCACCAGAAGAGCAUACGUGGGGUCUCCACGGUUAGCGCUGCAGACUUGGUUUCUGCUGCAGCGCUGGAGCCGCAGAGGCUGGGGGCUCCUGGAGGCGGGCCCCGCUGUGGCCUUGUUUUCUUUGUAUUCACGCUUAGGUCCCUGGGAGAUGCAUCUAAGAUAGCUUUAUUAGAGGUGCAAGCUGCGGCCCGAACUCUGUCCGCGAAGAGAGAGGAAGCCUGUUACAGAAGGCGACCGGCGCGCGUCGUGCCCGUAGGAGCUUGACGUUACGCAGACGCGGCUAGUCAGGGUAGCGCCAACCGACGUCUAUUUUUAGAAUUCGCGUGCAGUGUUUAUAUUUUGAAGUAUACAUGAAAUUUCCUAUUUUAUCACUUAGUCCCAGCCGGGUCAGACAAGAGGGCAGCUUUAACAGUGGGUUUUUUGUUUUUCUGAAGGGGCCACAUUUCUGAGUAAUUAAUUGGACACGUGGGUUUACUCCGUCUUGGGUGGGUGGGAAGGGUGGUGUGGGAAGUCAGUGCGCUGGCUGUUCCUGACUCUCAUUGCUUGCUGCCGGUUGGAAGAAACCAAAGAAGCAGGGGCGGCAGUGCUGUGCAGGGGCAGAGGCCGCACGGCAGGCCCGAGGGUGCCGCCCAGCCCCGCGCCCCGGGGAGUGCUCCUUCACAGGGCUCCCCCAAACAGCCCUGGUCCGUCCUAAACUCCACUGCCAACUGUGGAGGAGCCCGCCAGCCCCGGUGAGCAUUUUCCGGUCCCCAAGGAAGCCAGCCACGCCACGGGCUUUGUGGGCUGCCGCAGGCCCUGGGCCGUUCUCGGGGUGCGCCUGACGGUCUCAGCAGCCCCAAGGGUCCUCAGUGAUCUGCGCACAGGACGGGAGGAUCUUUCCGACGUUCCCACGCGGGCGAGGGGCUCCGGCCUCCAGGAAGGCCCCAGACACCUGGACUCCAAGGUCUUGGAAGGAAAUCGGAACGGAUGGCUGGUUGGUGAAAACUUAGGAUCACCCAGAAGACUUAGUCUGCGUUUUGACUUUGUGACUCAUUAGUGCAGAAACCCCACGGCGGCCGUUACGCUCUGACCCUGUUCCGGCUUAUUGUCAUCACCACGCGGGCACCUGUGCGGCACCUGCUGCUCGGUGGGCAGGUGUGACUGUUCUGGUCAGUCCUGUGUAACGGGCAAGUGUGGGCUGAAGGGGGGCUUCGUGUCCUUCUAAUCUUGCUGGUUUCAAGAUGGGAAGAUGGCAUAUUUGCUCCGAUAUGUUUGAGAAGACAAAAAUAAAAUUACUUUGGGCAGAGUU